UGUCUGUCUGUGUUGAUCCCAGGGGAAAGAUCGGGCGGAGCGCGAGCUGCUAGAGGCAAGAGAGGCCCUGCGAGGCUGUCAGGAGAGAGUCGAGACUCUGGAGGCUGAGAAAGACCAGGUGUUACAGCAGCUCCGGGCCUCCAAAGAGGGACAGCUGGCUGCCUUGAGCCAGACCAAUGAGACCAACCAGAGGCUUACCAGCUCUGUACGGGCUCAGAGUGACCUACAGGAUGAACUGAGUUGCCUGCAAAGCCAGUUCAGCCAAGUCAGCCUAGAGAAGGAGCUCUUGUCAUCCAAGAACCUGAGACUGGAACAGAAGCUCGAAGACUUGAAGAUGACACUUUCUGGGGCCCUGGCUGAUAAAGAGCGCUUCCUGCAGGAGAAGGCAGAACUUCACCAGCGUGUCCAGGGGCUGGAGCUGGAGCUGGAACGUGCUAAGCUGGGCCGUGAGGGUUUCACUGAACAGGUGUCUGAGCUGCACAAGGAGCUGGUAGGAGCCAAGGCCCAAGCAAACCGACAGGACCAAGAGAAAGUGCUGAUGAAGGAGGAGCUGUUCACUGUCAAACAGGUGAACGAGAGGGUGGCCUCAGAGUUGGCCGAAGUGAAGCAGAGACUGGAUACAGCACUGCAGCAGGUGCACGAGCUGGAGGCGGAGAAAGUGAUCCACACUAAUCAGAUCAGUGCCCUGGAGAUGGAGCGCUCCCAGCUCAUCGGAGAAAAGGAACUGCUGAUGGGCACAGAGGUGGGCCACCUGGGCCACCAGGAAGAGCUUCAGGAGCUCAGAGAGACCUGCCAAGCUCUGAGGGAUUCCCAGCAGGCUCUGCGCUCUGAGAACCAGGAGCUGCGGAGCUGCUGCCAGGAACAGGGGGCGGAUCUUCGUGUGAGAGAGGCUGGACUCCGUCAGAAAGAGGAGGAGCAUGAAGAGCAGGUGAAGGGCUUGCUGAGCCAGGUGGAAGAGCUGCAGAGGGUGGCCGCACACUGGAAGGAGAGGUGGCAGGAGGCGGCAGUGGCCCUGCGGUCCAGGGAGCUGGAGGUGGACCUGGAAGAGGCUCAGGGGCAGCCACAGACCCCCGCUGACACGGUACCCCCAAAUAACUGACGCGUCCUGCCCUUUAAACUUCCGGGAUAGACUGAAUCAAGUUUAAUGCAGUGUAGCUGUAAAUGAAUGAAACAGAUAACAGAUUAAUAAAACUGUACAACAAAUAUAUGCUCUUUUACUACAUGUUUAUCUGCUUUACAGAGUCCAAAAUAGCAUUUGAAAGCAGGAGCAUAAUAGUCCUCAGCAGCACUGCAACAAAAGCGGGAAAAGCUCAUUUUUAGUACUUUUCUCUGAAUAUUAUAAACACAGCUAAGAACACCUUUGACUGCUAACAUCACGGACUGCUUCCCGAUCCGCACUAACACUGUGAGCACUCCCCCUUCCUGUUUAAACACAAACCCUAAAUACACCCACGUGAGUGUGCGUUCCCAGUCGUUUCUCAAUCAUACAGGAAUAUCCAGCAGGUGGAACUAUCUUCAAGUAAUUUGCUAGUGUUAGUGUCCUUUACAUGAGAUAAACCACCUCACAAAUAUUCAAGCUCACUAACCAUUGUGUAAGUGUGAGUUUUUGAUCAUUUGAAUGAAUGAACAAUUUAAAGAGUUUCAUGAAGCUCAGGAACACUUUAGUUCCUAAGGAUUCUUUUACAAUGAAUUAUGCGAACAAUGUAUCAUUAUACCACAACUGAAAUUUGACCAGUCCAACCCCACUGACUCCAAUUAU